AUGGCCCGGGCAGGGCCGUGGCACCCUGGCUGCGGCUCGCUGGUGCGCGCCACCGGCCACGGGGAGGUGUGGGCGGACUGGAGCCCCACCGCCAAGUUUUCCCAGUUCGGCUGGAGGUGCACCACCAACGAAAGCGAUUAUUCGCACAAAACCCACAUAGGGAACUGGAACGAGGAGCGGUACGAUAUCCAGAAAAUCGUGCAGCCCAAGCCCCUUCCUUCCCAGUACGCUCACUGCUUUGAAACAACUUACUCUUCAGAUUACAACAAGGGAAAGCAUCAAAGAACAAGAAGAUUUACGCGAGAACCUCAUUGGUUUCCAGGCCACCAGCCUGAGUUGGAACCCCCUCCGUUCAAACCAACUGCCCCAUCUUGCUACAUGAUCGACUACAGGCCUCCACAUGGGAACAUUUCCUUUGCUGGUGUCCGAGGCUCGGGGGAGGAACGAGAGGGUGUGGGGAAAGCGACAGUGAAGAUACAGACUGUGCUUCCAGAAUGACGGGAGGCCUGUCUGCCAGCAGCGCUGCAAGGAUGUCCUUCAAGCAGAAAAACCUGUCGGGCAUUAAAA